AACCAAACAACUGUUUCUGAAUUCCUCCUCUUGGGAUUUGGGGACCUUCCGAAAUUGGAGCUGUUUCUUUUCCUGCUCUUCUUUGUGAUCUACUUGGUGACCAUGGCUGGGAACCUCCUCAUUAUUUUGCUAGUUCUGGCUGAUCAACACCUUCGAACUCCCAUGUAUUUCUUCUUGGGAAACUUGUCCUUCUUGGAAUCCUGCUACAGCUCAACUAUCUUGCCCAGAAUGCUGGCGAGUCUUCUGACUGGGGAAAGGGGUAUAUCCGUCAAAGCCUGUUUCAUCCAGUUUUAUCUGUUUGCUUGCUUGGGAGGAGCUGAAUGCUGCCUCCUGUCUGUGAUGUCUUAUGACAGGUACUUAGCUGUCUGCAAGCCAUUGCACUAUGCUGCCCUCAUGAAUGGCCAGUUGUGCCUUCGUUUAGCCACUGUUUCUUGGAUCAGUGGGAUUUUGGUUAGCACAAGCACAACCCUUUCGGUGACGUCAUUAUCUUUCUGUGGGCCCCGUGAAAUUGAUCAUUACCUCUGUGAUUUAUCUCCAGUCAUAAAGGAAAUCUCCUGCAGUGACACCUACAUUGUAGAAAUGACUGCAUUCAUAUUUGCCUGUGCAUUCACCCUGCCUCCUUUCUUACUCACAUUGAUGUCGUAUGCAUUGAUCAUUGUGACAAUUCUCAGAAUCCCAUCCACCACUGGGAGGCAAAAAGCCUUCUCCACCUGCUCAUCUCACCUCACAGUGGUUGCCCUUUUUUAUGGCACUCUAAUGCUUGUCUACAUGCUUCCCCAUUCAAGGAAGCUGAGAUAUGUGAAGAAAGUCUUCUCCCUGUUCUACACAGUCUUGACUCCUAUGGUUAAUCCCCUCAUAUAUAGUCUAAGAAACAAGGAAGUGAAGAAAGCUAUGAAGAAGUGUUUCAGAAAGUUCACUCUUCACGUGACAUUACAGAAAUCUUUUUUCAACAUUAAAACAGAAUCAAUUGUGCUUUAG